AUGUCCAGGGACCUUCCCAAACCCUUCACAGUGGUUCUAAAGGACAACAUAACCGUGGCAACUCUAAUCCCUAUCAAUCAAGCAGUGUCGCAAGUGCCCAUAGGCCUCCAAAAUUUCCUUCGUGACGAAUUCAACAAUGAAAUCACCAAACCACAAUCUCCCGCCUUUGCCUUCAUCAACCCCAUGUCCCUCGAGACAUUCUGCAGCUAUUGGUUCGCAAGCUUCACCGCAAUGAUGCUCAUCGGGGAUCAUACCCAAUCAGAAGACGCCUUGAUGGUGUUGGAACAGCAAAAUCAACACUUCCCGUGGGAAAGCGUGUGUCUAGGAAGUUUCACCAUCCGACCCCAAUUUGCAGGCCAUAGCGCCCAUAUUUGCUCAGGUAGUUUCUUAGUAAACCAAGGGGUUCGAAAUACCGGGGUUGGUAAAGUUCUUGUUAAUACAUUCCAAUUUUGGGCUUGGCAACUUGGGUUCACAAAAGUAUAUUUUGAUUCGGUAUACCUGACCAAUAAAACCACAAUUUCCCUACUUCAGAAAUCUGGUUUCCACGAAGUUGGGGUCAUUAAAAAUGCUGCUGUAUCAUACAGCAACCCUAGAGAAUCUAUCGAUAUCAUUCUUUUUGAUAAAGAAAUUAUCGAUUCCAGUGGGAAACCAGUGGAAAUUCCUGGAUUAAUUACCAACUCUGAUCCUGGAAAUGUCAAUGAACAAAUCACCAAUGUGCAACCCAACAGUGUGACUGUAACUCUAGUCCAACCAGAAGGGCCGCCAAUAUCCAUUGUCAUUGGUACAGUUGAUGUCGAACGGUGGGGGCAAAUCAAAAAUUAUCUUAUACAUCGUACUUAUCCAGAAGGAUUCUCCAAGAAAGAAAAAAACAAAAUUAGAAACAAUUCUCAUAUUUAUAAAAUUUCCGAAGAUGGUAAGCUCAUGACUCGUGGUAAAGAGGUGGUGAUGGAGCCUCAACGACAAGCGAGAAUUAUUCAAAAAGCUCAUAUUGGUACAAACCAUGCAGGAAUUAAUAGAACGGUAUCCGCCAUCACAGAAAUGUACCAUUGGAAUAGAAUUAAAGAGCUAGCGGUACAGUAUAUUGGUAAAUGUGAGUAUUGUCAAAACAAAGAUGGGGGCUCUAGAAGUUCAGGAAAACAAUCCCUGAUGAAUACCCCUGCUCAAAAAGGGAAACAUGGAGGGAAUAUCGAUGUUAAUAAUACGGAUUUCCAUACUCGAAAUCAAUUGGAAAAGGAAGCGGCUUUCAUCAAUAAUUAUUAUAGAAACAUGAUUAUUGAUCAAAUGGCGGUACAAAAUAAGAAUGACAAUACUAAUUAUGAAAGUGAACCAGAAGAUGGAGAGGAGGAACUACAAGAAGGAGAAGGUGGGUAUGAUGAGCAAGUGGAACAAUACGAUGAUGAAGAUGACAACGAAGAAUAUGACGAAACGGGAUAUGACGAAACGGGAUAUGACGAGGCGGAAGAGGCAGAGGAAGAGGAAGAGGAAGGGGAAGACAGAGAAGAAGGAUUUGUUGACUACGAAAAUAUAGAAAAUGGCGACAGGAUUUCGUAUCAUGAUGAAAUCAGUGAACAUGCUCGAAAAAGGCAAAGAACUGAUGAUGAUUAUACACCUCGGGAUAUAUAUUCAGAACAAGCUCUGCAACAUGGUGGAGAGGUAGCUUUUGAGGACGAGCUGCACACGUACAGUCAAGGUUUUAGCGAAAUGCAUGGUGAUGAUAGUAGUGAGGAGAGUGACGAUGAACAGGAUGAUGGUGAGGAUAAUGAAGAAGGACGUGAAUAUGAAGAAAGAGAGCAACAGCAAGAAUAUUAUGGUAAGGGAAAUGAGGGUCAUAAUCAGGAACAAUAUGAUAAUGGGGAAGGUUACGAUGAUGAUGAUGAUGAUGAUGAAGAAGAAGAAGAAUAUGAAGAAGAAGACGAUGAAGAGGAAGAUGAAAUCGCAACCAUGUUACUUCAAAAGGCCAAUCGUCUAGGCAGAUGA